UACUCACUCACACAUCUUUCUGUUUAGGAAUGUGACGUGCAGCCCGACGUCCUCUCAGAGAGCUAAGAGACUCGCGCACUCACAUCAGCACCCAGUUUUCAGGACAAACUUUCCUUCUGUGUGCAUUUGAUACUCACGCAUUUCAGCAUCAUGCAUCCAACCGUUCUCUGGGCAACCCUGAUUUGUAUUGUUCUGGCUGAAAAAUCCCCUCGACUGAAAUUUACCGUGCAAGAGCCGGCAAGGUUUCACUUCACAAAGCCUGAAAACUACAUGACCAUAUACCACCAGCAGGGGACCAAUGUUCUGUAUGUGGGGGGGCAAGCAGUUAUUUAUAUGAUCAACUUCACCCAGAAAGGAGUGCAAGAAAAACAGAUAACUGCAGUGGCUGAUGAAAAUUCCAGACAAAGCUGUCUUGCCAAAUCAGUAUCUAAGAUCGAGUGUGACAAUUUCAUCACUGUCAUUGAGAAAGUCAAUGACACCUUUGUGGUGUGUGGGACAAAUGCAGGCACCCCGAAAUGUUGGUUAUUGGUGAAUAACUCUGCACUCAUCAACAUGUCUGAUAAUGCACAGAGGAUAUCACCCUCAGAUAUUUCCCCGACCAUUCCUUCUCAACGCUCUGUCAGUGUCUCAGCAGGUGGAAGCCUGUAUUCUGCUUUGUCAGCUAUGGGAAAACAGCCUGGCUCUAUACGUCGCACAUACAGCACUAACAAGCUGCUGAAGACUGAGAACAAAUGGCUGUUGAACCCUCAGUUUGCAGGGGCUGCUGUCAUUCCAGCAACAAACAAAUUCAAUGAGGUGAUCUAUAUUUUCUUCAGUGAAAUCAACAAGACCGCUGAUAUGGAUGAAGAACCAUACAGGGCUCGGAUAGGGCGAAUCUGCAUGAACGAUGAUGGUGGCACAAGGACAGUGCUGCCUGACUCUUGGACUACAUUUCUGAAGGCUCGUGUCAUGUGUGGGACAGGCAGCACCCCUCAGCACUACAAUAACAUCAAGCGAGCAUUUGUGCUCAUAUCCCCACAACGUAUAGGUGUCACGUAUGGACUUUUCUCCAAUGCAUGGGGCACAACUGUUGUCUGUGCGUACUCAAUUUCAGAAAUUGACGAGGCGUUUGCUAAAACAGAGCUCCAACGGUACAACGACCCAUUCACUCGAAAUCUACAUGGAAUGUGUGGUCGUAGGAAUCAUACAACAGCUCAGUACGUAAAAAUGCUGGAAGUGAUAAGAGAUUAUCCUGAGAUUGAGGACAUUAUACUGUCAGUGGAAGAUGCUCCUCUGGAUCUGCCCACUGAAGACCAUUUCACACACAUUGUGGCAGACAGUGUGCUCACAGUCAAUGAAGAACAUUACAUCGUCAUCUACCUGGGCACAGAACAGGGAAAAAUUCUAAAAGUGCUUCACACCCAUGAAGAAGUUUUUAUUAUAUCGCAGUAUUCUCUGUUCCAUAAUGAGGGGCCCAUCAUUAACAUGGCCAUCGACUCACAGAAAGGUCACCUUUACAUUGGCACUGCGAUGGAAGUCCAGCGCCUACCACUGGCUGACUGCAGUCGAUAUGGAGAUACUUGCAGGGAGUGCAUUCUCUCCAGAGACCCAUACUGUGGAUGGGACUUGACCAAAAAGCGGUGCCUGGCUAUUCCGGCAAACUACAAUUUCACUACUGGUGGACUCCUACAGAGUCUUGACAAAUCUAAUGCCUCAGUUUGUGGGGACACUGCAGCUUUAAAGAUACGCAGUACAAUUCCUAAGGAAGUGCGGAUGCACAAAGAUGGCCCAGUCCUGUUGCCAUGUCCCGUUCGCUCCUUCCACGCCACGUACAGCUGGGAGAAGGACAACUGUAUUAAGCGAUACCCCUGUACCAUCUCUGGCUCAUCCUGUGUGCUUGGCUCAAAUCCUGAUCUGCCCUUGAAGGACGGUGUAUUCCGUUGCAUGGCCACAGAGAGCGGCCUGAAACAGGAAUUGGUGUCAUACAAGCUGGUAUUUAAUGCUGGGCCUUCUGCCACUUCAUCGGCUAUCAAACUGGCUCUGUCUCUACUGCUGACCAUCAUUGGCUUCUGCCUACAUUAGCCUGCUAACACACUACCUCCGGCUUGUAAUAGAGAUGAUUGGAGCACUAUUUGAUACCAAGGUUAGGUUCACAAAACAAAUCUUUACAAGGUCUGUUUAUUCAAAGGAAUGUAGGUUUUAAUGUCUAAUUACAUCAGGUGAAGCAAUUAUAUUUGAGCAUCAGAAAGAUUGAAAACAUAUCUGAAUGUCAUUUUGUACAGUAUCAAUGACUGAGUUUAAGAGGAUAACGUAAUGCACUGAGUUACACAAUGGUCUCACUGCUUUGUGAACCUAAUCUGGGAAACAAGCAGCAGGCCUGUCUAUUCUGCAUACACCAGAUGAUUUAUACUUCUAAAUUAUGGAUCUGAAGCUGAAGUAUCACUGUAACUCAGAUAUUCUGUUCAGUGUUAAUUAUACUACUCUUUUUUUUAUUUUUAUUUUGCGAACAACUCUGAAAUGACAUAUACAAAGCCGUAAAACAUGUACAGUACUGGGGAUUUUCCUAAGCACAAUUUACCAUUUGAGCAGAAGCUGCAGGAUCUGCCUUGGUUUAUAAUGUGUGCCAUCAUUUUCCUGCGCAAGUGGAAUUAAACUAUAAAGGCAGAAGACUGAUCACCCAAAUUUGCUACUGUGUAAAACAACAUCACUUCAGAUCUAUACAUUCUUAGAUAUAUACAGAGAUAUACAGCAUUUCAUACUCGUGUGAACACCUGUGAUCAUUUUUUUUAAAUAACAAUAAGCAUUGAAUUUUCAAAAGUUAUGAUAUGAUGGCCAAAUAUGCUUGAAUAGUAUAAUUACAUUUUGUAGUUGCUGUGGACAAAAAGCUUGUGAUUAAUCUUAUAUUGAUGUAAAUUUAAUGCUCUGCAUUUGCUGAUCUCCACCAUUGCUGCCUAUGUAAAUGGAGGGAACACCUGACAGUUUUAUAGUGAUGUGAGUAAUGUCUUUAGAGAAUAUCCUGUUUUGUUGAAGUGAACUUCUCAAUGUUUGAUCUAUUGUUCAUGUGGGACUGUGAUUAUUAUAAGCAUUCAAAAGACAAACAGUCAUAGGAGAGAAGAAGAGAGACAAAACAUCAUUCAUUGUCCCAUUCCUAGUUCAGUCUCUCCUAAAACAACUGACCCCAUAUGCCAUUUAUAAAUGAAUUUAACUUCAUUCAUUUUAACAGUUAUGUCUCAGAGAUCAAGAAAUACUAAAAUGAAUUACUAAUAUAAAAAUAAAAUGAUGUGUGCUGAUUACUAUAAUUUGAUUAAACUUUUAUGGUUGAUGUGUUUAUUUUAUGUUAAACAUUUUUCACGUUCUCUAACAAAACACUACAUUUUCACAUAAUUCAACUACAAGUGACAUGUCUCAAGAC